AACCCUGAGAUGAGGGAAACUCUGGUUUUUCAGUUUCACAAAGCCAGUUCAGCUUUACGCUGAGUCAGUUACCCUGGCAACAUACUCCGUGAACCUAACCUGCUCGCUGGCAGGUUUUCUUCAACUAACCCCGAGUUUCUCCUGCUCUUAAGUUGAAGCCUGCAGACUGAAGGCAGUGGCAGACAUGGCGUGUCCUUUUAUUGAAGAGCCAGUUGAUGUCGAGGCACAGAUACUCCGCAGACAUCUCCACCGGGAGAGGAUUAUUAGACCCCGAUUGGAUGUUUUAUCAUUCCCUGAUGAGUAUCUGUUUGAGCGUUUCCGUUUCUCUGCAUCAUCUAUAAUUUAUAUAAACGAUAUUCUCAGCCCUCACAUCGCUCACAUGACGCAUCGUGGAAAUGCUCUCAGUUCCGAGCAAAUUCUUUGUAUUGCACUUCGUUUUUUUGCCAACGGCAGUUUUUUGUAUAACGUCGGUGAUGCAGAGCAUGUGUCCAAGGCAACUGUCUGUCGGGCUGUCCGAAAUGUGACACUUGCACUGAAACGGCUACUAUGCACGUUUGUAGUGUUCCCAAGUCACAGACCCACCAGACUUCUCAAAGAAGAGUUCCACAGAAUUGCAGGGUUUCCAGGUGUGAUUGGCUGCAUAGAUGGCACUCACAUUCCUAUCAUCGCUCCUUCAAUAAAUGAAGGAGAUUAUGUGAAUAGGAAAUCUGUCCACAGCAUUAAUGUGCAGAUCAUAUGUGAUGGAGUCCACAUGAUUAACAAUGUGGAAGCGAAGUGGCCUGGGUCUGUGCAUGACUCACGAAUGUUUCGUGAGUCGACACUGAGUGCCAGAUUUGCCGGUGGUGAGUUUAUAUAUAUAAUUUAUAUACAGUAUAUAGUUAUAUCCUAUGAUCAAAUAUUUUGUUUCCUCCUAUUGCAACUGAAACAAACUGUAUCUUGUAUUAUCAUAGUAGAGUUCGAUGGUUACCUACUCGGAGACAGAGGGUACCCCUGCCAGCACUAUCUGCUGACCCCUUACCCUGACCCUGAGCCUGGCCCACAGCGACACUACAACUUGGCUCACUGCAGGACACGAGCCAGAGUGGAGAUGACCAUCGGGAUACUCAAGGCCCGGUUCCAGUGCCUUCGUAGGCUCAGGGUCACCCCAGAGAGAGCUUGUGACAUUAUAGUGGCAUGUGUGGUUCUCCACAACAUUGCCACUAUUAGAGGAGAACAAUGUCCUACUCUUUCCCCCUGUGAUCCAGGUAUUAAUCAUACCCCCCCUGCUGAUACACGAGAUGGAAGAGCUGUUAGAGACAUGAUAUGUGUCAAUCAUUUCUAACUGACCCAUCACCUCCCCAAUGUUCAAGAACGACAAUAUGCAUCUCAUUUUAUGAGGUCUUCUUUAUUUCCUAGAAGGACAAAUUUUGUACAGUUGUUAAUCCUUUGUUGUUGAAACAAUUAAAAAACAUCCACCUGUGGGCACGUCACCCACCUUUAA